AUGGAUUCUUCAACGGCUCUGAAUAUUCUUCUUAUUAGUCAAAAAUAUGGACUCUAUACUAGUUACAUUGUACUCACUACCGGAAUAAUUGGAAAUUUUCUUAAUAUUUUUAUUUUUACUAAUUUUAAAGCCUUUCAAAAUAAUCAAUGUGUUUUGUAUUUUGUAACUGAAUCAAUUUCAAAUAUAUGUCAAUUAAUAACAUUUUUUCUUAUACGUUUACUAACAAUAUUAAAUGGAAUUGAUCCAGCAAGUUCAAUACUUUUCUGGUGUAAAUUUCGUCCAAUGAUGAUUGCAUCAUGUACAUUAAUUUCAUUUUCUGCAAUAAGUUUUUCUGCUUGUGAUCAAUAUCUUUCAACAAAUCUUCAAUUCAAUUUAAGAAAAUUGAGUACAAUUAAAUUAGCUAAAAUUCUAAUAUUAAUUGCGAUUAUUAUUUCAAUAUUACAUAGCAUUCCAUUUUGUAUUUUUCUUGAAAUUCGAGCUUCUGUAUGUGCUGUUUUCAAUCCAAAAAUGUCUCAAUAUCUAUCAUUUUUCUAUUAUCCAAUUUUAUCUGGAUUUUUGCCUAUUUUCAUAGCAUCAUUAUUUAGUAUUUUAGCAUAUCGAAAUGUUCGACGAAUUGUUCGACGACAAAUACCAAUAGUUCGUCGACGACUUGAUCGACAAUUAACAGCAAUGGUUCUUAUUCGUAUAAUUGCAUUUGUUAUUUUAACAUUACCUUAUGGUAUUCAAAGAAUGUAUACAUAUCUUGCAAAAAUUGAUCAAUCAAAUCUUUUUAUAUAUGCAAUUAAUAAUCUAGUAGGAGCAGUAAUGAGUUCACUUUUUAAUCUAAAUCAUGCGACAUGUUUUUAUAUAUUUAUGGUAUCUUCAUCACGAUUUCGUCGUCAAGUGAAAUAUGUUUUAGUAAAGAAAUGUUGUCAACGAUUGAAACGAUGGUUUUGUUGCAAUAAACAUCAAGUUUAUCCAAAUAUGCAGAUACAAUCAAUGGUUUCUAGUAUUGAGCUAGAAUGA